AUGCCCCCAAUAUGCCCAUCCACUGUAAGACGUUCAGCAUGCCUCCAACAGCUUUCUCAAAUAUCUGCUGGUCUGAAUAUGAGCCAGCUCCAACCACCACCACCACAACCACUGCAACCUUCAUGUGGCAGGGGGAGGGCUAGGGCUAGGGCUAGGGCAAGGGCAAGGGGUAUCACUAUUGUGACUUGUGGGAGGGGAGGAGGAGGAGGAGGAGGAGGUACCGACCAUCCAGACCCCCCCCAAUAUCAACAUGCAGCAGAUCUGAAUGAUGGAGAUGCCACUCCGACUCCUGGGGAUGAUACCAACUUUGCCCCUUCCAAGAUCAGAUGGGAAACUGUCAACCAUGAUCACACUACCCCCCUUGUAUCCUGGCUUGCUGUGCAUUCACCUGACUGUCACAUACUCUUCUCCGACAACAAAAAGCAAUGUGACAUGACAAUCAGCACUGAUUGUCCUUCUGGCAGGAGUAAAGCCGAAAUCCACCUUGUAAUUGCCAAACAUAUCUUCACCAAUGACCCAGUAUAUGGGCCCCAGUAUGCUGUAGAAGAGAAUAGGCCAAAGUUUGGACAAGCUGUUGCCAAUUGCCUUGCAUAUCUUAGGGGGAAGUAUAAGGCUGCAAUUGCUUGGUUUGGGAUGACUGGUGCUGGCGUCAACCCUCUCAACCCUCAGGCUAAAGACAACCCUGCCUUUUCUCUGAAGACCUUCUCCUCUGUUCCUGGCAAAGAUCGUGCUGGUGGCCUCCACAUGUUCACCCAACCUAAAACCAAACCAAUUGCCUCUAGCUCUGUGGUAUGCUUGCAACCAAAGGGGAAAGAGAGGGCUUUAGAUUUUGAUCCUGAUGACCUCCUGGAUGAUGAUGCUCCUCGCACUACCACCUCUAACAUACCCAACCCUCCUGCUGACAGCGCCCCACCUGCCACCUUUACUGAGGCCUAUGACCCUGCACAUGACAACUAUGACCCUAUGUAUAACAACUACAACCCUGUGCCUGAAGAGUUGGACUACACAAUGGGUGGUGGAAAUUGGGAUGGUGGUGCUGAGGACUUGGAGAUGGAGGAAGAUAACUAUGGGGAUCAGAGCGAUACUUGGCAGCGUCUAAGCAGCAAACACCCAUACCAAAUGUCCCCCUCACCACACCCUACCUUCAAGCCAUUAAAUCAUGCCUCUGAGUAUGAUCGCUGUGAAGUGGCUUUCACUGGCAAGUCUCAUGGUGCAAUAGAGCGUGAUGAAGCUGCUUCAGUGCAUGUGUGGUCACAGGAGGCAAAGGCACUUGAGCUUCAUCUUCUCAAAGCACAGGCCAAAGUUCAGUCUGAGAAGGCGGCUGCCCUUCACCUUGAAAUCGAGUUGAUCAACCUGAAAGAAGUGUCUUCAUCAAAGGGGGGUUCCUCAUCCACUUAA